GCAGGCAAGACGUGGGGUGUUGGGAAGACUUUCAUGGACCAAUUCAACGAGGAUGAAUAUGCUGCAGAGAGGGAGCAAAACCAAUACUUUCCUUUCGCUAGCAAACCGGACUGGGAGAUGGCAUCGUAUAUUCUUCGGUCCGAUCUUAGCAUGGCCGAAAUCGACGAGUACCUCAAUCUUGAAUUUACCAAAACACUCCCGUUGUCAUUUCGCUCUUCGCGAGAACUCCGAGGACGUGUUGAAUUGCUCCCAGCUCCCCCUCAAUGGAAGUAUCAAAAAAUCACUACCGAGUUUCCAACGACAAAAACCCUUCAAAUAUUUUAUCGGGACGCAAUCGAGUGCUUGCAGUCACUU